AUGUUUAAAUAUUUUGAAUAUAGAGAAGAAAUAAUUAAAUUGUUAUUUGAUUUAUCAAAUGUUAUUGAUUAUGUUUGUAUAUUUCGUGAUUAUUUAGACAAGAAUACUAUCUCUAAUUUAAAUGAAUAUAUGAUAAAACACAAGAUUUAUUUGAAAUGUCAAUUGAUAGAUUUAAAAACAUUAAAUUUAUUAACAAAUUUUAAUUUCAAGGGUUUAAGUCUGUGUGGAUUUAAUUAUCAGGAAAAAAUUUUUAAUAAUUUUUUACAUUUGACAGAUAUAGAAUUAAGAAAUGUUUAUUAUAUAACAUAUUUAGAUAUUAUUAAAUUAGAUAAUUUAAUAUCUCUUUCCUUGAUCAAUAUUAAUAUUAGUAAUGAAAAUAUUUUAUUAGUUAUAAGAAAUUUAAAGAAAUUGAAAUAUUUAAAAAUAUCAAAUUAUAAGAUUAAAUAUUUAAUAAGAGAUUUGAUAAAUUGUUCAAUUGAACAUGAAAACGUAAAGGUAUUAGAAUUUGGGAUGUAUGAUAAUAUUAAUUUUUUUGAUAUAGAAAAGAUACGUUUAUGGAAAUUUGAGAAAUGUUUAGAUUUAGAAAGCAAAGAAAUUUUUAGAUUUUGGAAUCCAAAAGUAUUUUAUUUGUAUGGACCUAGAGAAUCUGGAAAAACAACUUUAAUACAAUUGUUAUUGGAUAGUGAAUCAUGUUCAGUAUAUGAUAAAGCAGAAAAAUUAAGAUCACCUGAAUGGGAAGAUUAUGAUGAGCAAGAAAUUCUUUUAUUGGAUAAAUAUCAUAAAAAAAUUGAUUAG